GAUGGCGAACUCGAUCCCGUCGACGGGGAAACCGAGGGCAUGAGCGAAGUCAUUGAUACGUGCACCAAGCGAGGAGCCCAGCAAAUGCUCCGGCACGUAGAAGCGCAUGUGCUGGUAACCGCAGUCUUCACCGCCUACUUGCGCGGCGCCAUGGCAGCACCGCACCUCAAG